AUGGUCGAACAAGUUCCUUGUCAAGUACAGGAUGGGGGCGGCCUUGGAUCUCCUGCUUCGCGUCGUCGCGAUGCCACUUCGUCCGACAUACAGCUUCCACACAGAGAAGUUCCCUUUUCCUCUAGGCCGCCUCAGACAGAGUCUUGGGCCGAGGGCCCAGGCCAGCUCACACCUUCUAUGAGCACUUGGAGAUCUGCUUCUCCUAGUCUCCCGGCGCCUGCGCUAGGCAGCGAGGGCUCUCCCCCACCCAAGCAAAUCGAAAUCAACCCCCGCAAUCCUCGGUGUAUCCUUGUCAAGAGUCCGACUUUGAACCAGGGCGAUAUCCAACUCCAUCCUCCAGGAGGGCCCGAUGCGAUGGAUAGUAGCGAGGUGAUGGAGGAGAACUCGGAUUUGUUGGAUCACGACGCUGGAAACGCAUACGAAGUGGACGAAGAUGUUGACUUGGAAGGUCAAGAGUACGAAGCCGGCGAAUAUGAAGUAGGCGACGAGUCUACCCAAGACGCAGACGAGGAUGUUGACGAAGAGUUGGAAGAGGAGGAUGAGGGUCUUGUGUUCGACCCUCAUCCGCCCGGGCUCAAGGAGAUUUCCAACCUGGGGAAGUUUACUGUGAGCACGCACAAGCAAGACAACGGUGUUGAAGAGUUACGAAGUGAUGAUUUGACGAAAUUCUGGCAAUCCGACGGUACACAACCACACAAUUUAACGGUUUACUUCGUGAAGAAAGUGGGAAUUCGCGAGAUACGUUUCUACGUCGACUACGACCAGGACGAAUCUUACACACCGACCCGCAUCAUCUUCCGAUCGGGCACGAGCGAAAACAACAUGAUAAAAUUCGCAGCAAUGGAUCUCGCCAAUCCUAAAGGAUGGCAAAAAGUCCCUCUCGACGGUGUCGGCGGCGGUCCCGACGGCAACACGCUCUUCUGCUGGGUCCUCCAGAUGUCCAUUACGGAGAACCACCAGAACGGCAAGGAUACUCAUCUACGCGGUAUCAAGAUCUUUGCUCUGGAUACGGAGACGGCCGUGGCGAAUGGUGGCCCUGAUAGAGGAGCUUUAGGUGAAUGGGUGGUCGGCGAUGUGCAGACGCCGGUGUCAUCGACGCGCAGGCGGCUGAGAGGGUCUUUGCGACGGUUGGACAUUGACCCGGAGACGCCUAUUCGUCGACGAGGACACGAUCAUGAGGAGGGGAGUGUAGGGCCUGGGAGGAGGCAGCAUCGGGAGAUCCUUAGUGUGGCGGAUAUAACUCUCUCUGCGGAGUUUAUUCGGGAGCCGGAGCUGCGCUGA